CGGUAAGCAACUACACCCCAUCAAAUCAAGGCAAAACGCCGCUGAAAGAAAAUAAGUGCGAAACUCCGUGGUAGUAGUCGCUUAGUCGCGUUGAUCUAGUCGGAAUGAUAUAAGGUGACAUGAAAACUGUAAAUAUACGAUUUAAAUUCGAAACUAAGAAAACCGCGAGAUAUUCUUGAACUCGAUGCGGCGACUGAUCAGGUUUUCGGGAUAAUCUUUCCAGGAGAAGAUUCAACUUGGAGAAAAUGAGGCGUAACGUGAAGAUCAUGCUCGCCUUCACGGUUGUAUGGAUGUUUGUUAUCAUCUAUUAUCUUCCCAGGGUGUCUAAUGAUGACAACAAGACUGAAAACAGAGCUUUGAGACUGAAAGAAGAAUUUCUUCCUGUAGAAAAUCUAAGUCCCUCAGGUCCAUCCUACAACAGUAAUAAUCACGAUGAACUUCCAGAAGAUGCGGGACUCCCGAUGGCUUUACAGAGCUUUGAGACUACCGAUGGAAGGUUAUCCUGGAACUACUUCGAUGAAGCCAACUACAUUACCAGAGGUAGCCUUAGAAAAGGCGAGGACCCCUACACUCGAAAUAGAUUUAAUCAGCAAGCAAGUGAUAGUUUACCAAGCAAUAGAGACAUUCCAGAUACCCGAGAUCCGGCAUGUAGACGACGACAAUGGAAAACCGAUCUCCCACCAACCAGUGUGAUAAUAACAUUCCAUAAUGAAGCCAGGUCUACUUUGCUGAGAACAGUAGUAAGUGUACUUAACAGAAGUCCUGAACAUCUCAUACACGAAAUUAUUUUAGUGGACGACUACAGCGAUAAUCCUGCUGAUGGAGAAGAACUAGCAAAAAUACAAAAAGUGAAAGUGAUAAGAAAUGAUAAACGUGAAGGUCUGAUGAGGUCCAGAGUUAAAGGUGCUGACGCAGCUACUUCAGGCGUACUGACGUUCCUGGACAGUCAUUGCGAAUGUAACGCGAAUUGGUUGGAACCUUUAUUAGAACGAGUAGCUGAGGAUCCAACGAGAGUGGUAUCACCGGUUAUAGACGUCAUAAGUAUGGACAAUUUUCAGUAUAUUGGAGCCUCAGCGGAUUUAAGAGGCGGUUUCGAUUGGACUAUGGUUUUUAAGUGGGAAUUUUUGAGUAUGGCCCAAAGGGAGGCCAGAAGGAGGGAUCCAACGAAGGAAAUAAAAACACCAAUGAUAGCCGGAGGACUGUUUGUUAUAAAUAAAGCCUACUUUGACAAGCUGGGUAAAUAUGACAAACAAAUGGACGUAUGGGGAGCGGAGAAUUUCGAAAUAUCUUUUAGAGUCUGGCAGUGCGGGGGAAGCUUGGAAAUCAUUCCUUGUAGUAGAGUUGGUCAUGUGUUUAGAAAAAAACAUCCCUACACAUUCCCCGGUGGCAGCGGUGUUGUUUUCGCCAAAAAUACCCGAAGAACUGCUGAAGUUUGGAUGGACGAGUAUAAAAACUUUUAUUAUUCGGCAGUACCUUUGGCUCGAAAUAUUCCCUUUGGCGAUAUAAGUGAAAGGUUAGAUCUUCGACGUAACCUGCAAUGCAAGUCGUUCAAGUGGUAUUUGGACAAUAUAUACCCGGAGCUUCAAAUUCCAUCAAGUAUACCCAGACCAGGUGAGAUUAGACAGGGUGCAUUUUGCCUAGACACGUUAGGACAUGUUUUUGAUGGUACUGUCGGGGUGUAUCAAUGUCACCAUACAGCAGGUAACCAAGACUGGACCCUCACAGCCGAUGGACUUCUGAAACACCAAGAUCUAUGUCUCACCCUCGAGAAUUAUGCAAAGGGCUCACAGCCGAUAAUGCGCGUUUGCGACGGAUCAGAGGCUCAAACUUGGCAAAUGAUUAACCCUGGAGGGCUUCUUCGUCACACCAAAUAUCCGCUCUGUCUCGACACCCGGUAUAACGAUAUACGGGGCAUCACUGUGGAACGAUGCAAUAGCGCAUAUGAUACUCAAAAGUGGAGGAUAGGCACGCUCUCUUAGGUACUGAGUAAAAAAAAAUUAAGGGCAUUUGAAGAAAAACUCAGGGAGUGAGUUAAACGCCGUUGGUUUUUGUAUGAGAUUUAGUAAAGAUCGGCGAAAUGGCUACAUGUUUACAUUUUUAUUUCAACGUAGUGGAUAUAGUAGUAAAGAUAAUAGACUUUAAAUCUCUACCCUUUAAGUCUGAUAUUUCGAAUUUUCAUCCGAUUUGUUUAAGAGUAAAAUUUUGUUUUCUAAUCUUUUUUCGCAGAAAAAAGAAUGAUUCCUUAUCAUUAUAUGUGUACUUCCAAGAACAAGUCCAUUAUUUCCGAAGCGACCCACGUUUCAGUAGUUAGAAUAAAGAAAAGUCCAAUUCAAUGGCUUAAAAUGUUACAUUACACCUCAUUAGAACUUAAAUCAAAUUACAUAUAAUGGGUGAAACAUGUAUAUUCUUAAUCUUCAAUUGCAUAUUUGUGAGACGUUAAAUUGGAGUUUCCUGUAUUAUUAAAUUUUUACGUAUAAAAAAAAACGAUAGCAAUGUAUGUAAAAGACAAACGUUCAGAGAAGUUACCUAUCUAUACUCAAUGAAUAUGAUAUUGUUAUUUUAUUAGGGCUGCUUUUCGACUAGGGCCUUAGACAAGGUUGUGUUAGAGCUUGUAAGAAUAAUUAGAUAAAAUGUUAAAAGAAUUUAUAAGAAAUAAGGCAUACGCAAAUACGGUGAGGUAUUAGAAUAAGUAUUUUUCCAACCAUGUGAAUCAAAUCUAUAGCCUUUUUGGUAGUUGUGAUUUGAUGCUAAUGUUGAGAUUUUUUGCUAUGAAUUAUAACUGGUAAGAGUCAAUGAAAGGAAUAAUUCAAAGGAAAAUUAUUUAAAAAAUGCCUCUUACUAUACAAUAAAUGUGAUGACUAUUUAGUAUAUUUACUGUAAAAUAUACUAAAUAGUUAUUUUAUAUACGUAUAUAAAAAUUAACUUUAUUAAUUUGCAGCCAAAUUGUAUUGGGUAUUGGUUUGCAAUUUUUAAGGUUUUUGAUGAUUUUGAACUACAUAUAAAAAGAUCAAGAAGUAGAUUAAGCGUUAAGCGAAAAAUCAAAAUAUCCACAUGGUGCAAUAAAAUACGAACAUUUAACAAAUAAAAUAAUUUUUCCUAUAGGAAUUAGUGACAUCAGGCCUUUUUUUUUAUAUGUAGUUCAUAAUAUGUUAUUAUUUUUUUAAUGAUCCAAAUGAACUGUAGAGGUUGUUUGAUGGGUUUUCGGAUCAAUUAAAUAAAAAGUCCAAGUACUGCUGAACCUUUCACCUUCUAAAUAAAUAUUAUCCAUUUAUUCAAUUAUGACUCUUAACAAGUAUCCAAAUUUAGACGAAGAUUGCCUGUGGCUCUUUUCAUCGACUUAUUAAUGCUUUGUUUUUCCAUCCUAUGAUUGUUAGUUAUCGAGUCGAAAUUUUCUGAAAAAAUAGGCUUGAAAGUUGGCAAAAUCCUAUCAGAUGGACGGCAAUUAUUUAAAUGAAAAUGACAUAUUUGCCCCAGAUCAAAAAAUAAAUGCAGUAGGUAAACCUUUGCUCAACCAAUUUUUUUUCCUUUAUUUGUAGUUUGGUUUAAUAUAAAUCUACAAAUUUUUGUUUUUAAUUUUCGAUGAAGUGAAUUUUUUAUACAUAGCGUUCCAUAUCAUUAUGUUCAAAUUUUAAUAUUAAAUAUGAGGCUCAACUCUAAGUUAGAAAAACAUAAAAGAUGUAGGUCGAGUUCUAUGUGUUUUCGAAUUACAGGGCGUUAAAUCUUUAUUAAAAAUUAAAAUACUAUGUCUAGCCAUGUUUAGUAAACGUAUACCUGGUAAUAAAAAAUAUAUAUAAUAUUUUCAUUUUAGAGAAAAUUCAUUUUAAAAACGCGUUUUCAAAAUCAGAGAAAAUUUCAGUAAAAUAUGUGGAGCGCAGGCUUUUAUUCAGCAACAAAAAGAUCACUUGAACAGCUACUAUGAAGCACUAUGAAUGAAAUAUUAAUUUAAUAAUUAUAACGAUAAUAAUAAUAAUAAUAUAUAAAACAGUCUGUUCAGCUUAACCGAGUAUGGCAAGUUUCAUUAAAUAGAUAUAUAACAAAAUUUUAAAUAUUAUUCUACAUUCUUUAAUUUUCCAUAAUAACAAUAUAAAUAAAUAAUUACAAUUGUAAAUAUGAAUGAUAUAAUAAAAUUAUAAACAAAAGUAACAACAUACAUAUACUUUUAGCUUCCCCUGUAACAAAUACAAGUUUUACAAAAUGGCCGGUUCGGUAUUAUGUCGAUUGGAUAUUAUUGACAUAAAAAUGAAUUUGUCUUUUAUACUUUAGCCUAUUAACAAGUAGGACUUUUUUGGCAAAACGUGCCAAAUUAAUGUUUCGGCUUUGAUGCAUAUUAAGCCAACUUAAAUGGACCAACCAAGACGAGAUAUGAUCUCUCCUUGAAACUCCAGAAAUAAAUCUAACACAGGAGUUAUGAAUUUUUUGAAGAAAGUUGCUGGUUUUUACAUCGAGGCAAGGACCAAAGACCAAAUCACUAUCAUCGGCAAAACUUAAAACCAAAGAAUCACAAAGCUUUUCUGUUAUGUCUUGUAUGCUUUGUUGUGCUUACUUCUAUAGAGGUUUCUAAGAGAGCAAUAAGAUCUUUGUAUUAUUUAUUUGACAUGAGAUUUAAGCCGAAGAUCCUAAUUUGCUAAAAUACCAGUGUUUUUACACUGAUUACUGGUUUAAAAAUUGUUCUAUUUAUUUCCACAGUGAAUUACUGCCGACUUUGACGCAUUUAACUUUACACCAUGUUUCGAAGACUAGUUAUACAAAUCUUAAAGUGCUCUGUUUAAUUUUCUUAUGGACUCUCUUACAUUUUGUUUGUCAUAAUGAAUAUGCAAUUGGAUAUGAUCUGGAAACUAAUGUAUCGAGCAUGUCAUCUACAAUAAAACAGUGCAAAUCCAUUGUUUGUAUGAGAAAAAGUAGCUGGCACAAUCUGCAUCCCUGUGGUACUUCUUUCCGUACCCAUACAAUAUCUGAACAAUUACCAUCAAUUUUAACAAUCUGAUUUCGGGAAAGAAGAUAGUGUUCAAAGAGCUUCAUGCUAUUUUCUGAGAAGCAGUCAUGUUUUAAUUUCCUACCAAGCAGGUUAUAAUCUAGGGUAUUAACUGCCUUGCGAAAAUCGAGCAAAACCAGAGUUACCAUUAUCACCAGCAAUUAAAUCAUUAUCUACAAUGUCUAAAAGAACCGUUGUGAGUACCAUAGUAAUAAGCAGGCCUAAAACUUGACUGACUAUUUCGAGGAGGGUUUUUUUUAUAAAGUUUUGAAAUAUUUUGCAACCUAACACCGUCACCGUCAACUGUUCAGGGUUUGAUAAUUUUGAAAGAGAAUAAACAAGAGCUGUUUUCCAUACUGUGGGAAAACGAUUAGCUAAGAUACCUGAAUGAAAAGUAUACGGUCAUAUCAUUCCUAGACUAACAUCAUCUACUCCAGUAUCAUUUGACCGAAUUGAAACAGUAGAUUAGGACACAUGUUUUAGGAAGAAAUGGGCAAAUUCACAAGGUUGGAUAUCAUUCAAAUAUUUGAAAAAGCUUUAAAAUAUAUACUAACAAAUUACUUUGAAUUUAAUAAUAAGCAGUUUGGGUUUAGAAAUGCAAAAUCUACUAUUCUGGCAUUUAAUCAAUUGAUAGAUCUAAUAAAUAAUGGCAUAAAAAAUGGUGAGUUUACUAAGGUCACUUUUUGCAAUUUAACCAAAAGCUUUCGACUGUGUCUUUUUCAGAACUCUUGCUGUGAAACUAAUAAGUAUCUAAAAAUUUUUUAAUAAGAAUCUAAAAAUUUUCAGACUCUAGCGUUAAAUUAAUAAAAUAAUAUCUCUCUGGUAGAUCUCAAAUAGUGAGUUGCAAUGGUCUACAAUAACUUGGAUUAUGAGGUCCCUCAAGGAUCGGUGCUGGGACCAUUGCUCUUUCUAAUGAUCUUGAGAGUAGUGAUCCAGGUACUGAUUUUAUUCUAUUCGCGGAUGAUACUAUAUUGGCGAACAAGGCUGGUGCACUUGCCGAUCUGCAGAUGAGUCGCAGUUGAGGAUGGCUGAUUGGUUUUAUGCUAAUCAAUUAGGCAUGAAUCCUAAUAAAAAUCAAAAACUGUGACUACUCGUAAUUUAAAUUUGCAGGAUUUUGCAAAUGGACCAGUUACUUUUCUGGGGAUUAAAAUUGAUACAAAACUCAUCUGGGUUGCACAUUGUCUGAAGGUGUCAUCUGAUGUCUUUGCUCUUCGAAACUUGGUCCAUAGUGCAUCUACUAAGGCUGCUUUGUCAUAUCAUAUGUAUAAAUAUCAUACGUAAUUCUUGUUUGAGACCAUGCAACCGAUACAAGUAGCAUUUUCUCCCUUCAAAGAAAGGCAAUAAGAAAUCUUUUAAAUCUAAAUUAUAGGGCAGACUGUAGAGCACAAUUUUCUAAGCUUAACAUAUUGACUGUUCUUAGCCUAUAUGUAUUUCAUUGUCUCUUGCAUGUUAAAACGAACAUUAAUAACUAUGAAACUUUCGAAGGCAUACAUUUCACGAGAAAUAACAAUCAUAUACACAAUUCAUAGAACAUUGCAUUAAGACUGGUCCUUCUUUUUAUGGGCCACUGUUACUGCCACAAUAAAUUUAGUUGAGUUUAGAAGAAAAUUAAAGCAGUACCUUGUAUCUAAAAAUUUUUUUUAGUAUUAAUGAAUAUGUAAAUCAUAGUUUUAUGGAUCUUGUGAAUUAAUGAGUAAUAUUGAUCGUUUAAGGCUCUAAUAUUGACUUACGUAAACUUUCUUAUGUAGUACCUAUUAACAUCAAUAAACAUCUUAUCUUAUCAUUCGAACACGAUUGUUUACAUAAAAUUGAACAUCAUUCAUCAUCAAGUAUCAUCAUUCGCCUGGUAAUUUAAGGAGUUGACUGAAUCAAGAAAAUGUGUAUUAAUUUGAUUUGAUGUCCAAUGAUUCACGCUGGUCCUAACAAGAUUUCUCAUUUUUUUGUAACCUCUUCAGUGAGAUUGUGUUUUUGAAGUUUUAAAUGUAGUAACGUAUCUCUCUGGCAAAACAUAUCACGCAGUGAUGCAUGGAGCCUUUUUCUCAGAUAUUCUUACGGUUUUAUAGGGCGCAUAGAGGUUAAACAACUCAACAAGUAAAUAUUCCAACUUUUUUGACAAUAUCUCGCAAAGAAUUAAAAAUUUUGACGUCCUGUAUGUCGAAAACAAAUAAAAAAUUAACUGCCAUGACUAUUUAUUUUUAUUAAUAAAACAUAAAAUUUUUACUUUUUUCAUUUUUCAGGAUAAAAUUGAUCUAGCCUAGUUCAGAGGGGGCGAAAAUUCUGGGUAUUUCCAGACUAAAAUAAAAGAAUUAGAUUAGAACUCCCAUGUAUUUUGGAAAUCCACAUAUUUCUCGUAUAAUAUCAUAUAAUCGUCUACAAAUAUACGCACAAUUUGGCAUUUUAUUUACUUGAUACCACAACCCAACAUAUUUCAAUUAAAAAAAAAAUUUCCUUAUACUCGUAAACUUGUAAUGUAUAUAGAUUUGUAGAUAGUAGUCUAGUUUUUUUUUUUUUUAUUAUUAUAAACACUAGUAGGUAGCAGCUACCCAUUUUUUUUAAGUUCUAGUAAUCACGAGGAAAAAUGAUAAAUUUUCAGUUAAUUUUGCCUAAAUAAACAUGCAAGAACAGAAUUACCAAUAUUGUUACAAAUAAAAUCAAAAUACACUUUCUUAAAAAUAAGAAAUCGCUUUCUAUUGUACCACUAUAAAACUGUCCCAUUUCUCGAUCCUAAAAAAUGAAUCAUGAGGAGGUUUCGAGAUUAUCAAAGGACCUUAGUAAAAUAUUUUAUGUUAAAAACGCUUUUUUUGCUUAAGCUUAAUCCAAUUUGUACAAUUUAAGGUGACAG